UCAAUAAAGGCAGUAAAAGAAAAAAGACACGGAAUUUAAGAACUUGUGAGAAUAGUUCUGUUAGUUCAGUCACAGCUGUUGAUAAAUUAAUUUCUUUUAGCAGUAUUAAUCAAUAAAAUUAUUUUAUAUUAUAACAUCAAAAAUAUAUUAUUUGACUUUGGUGAAUGAUUAUUAGAAAUUCAAUGCUAAAGUCAUAACUCAAGAAAUCACCUUAAUAUAAUAAUUGAACCUUGUUUCUCGGUAAUAUUUUUAAGAUAUUUCUGUAUUAGUGAAUUGAGCGUUUCAACUCUAUAUAUGUUUUGCAAGAAGAAACAUAUUACGUAAGAAAAACUGAAUCUUGAAAUUUCAUUUUAAAGUGAUUUUUUGGAAUGAAUUUUUGAUAUAAUCACAUACGGAUUCGAACAGCAAUAUUUGAAUAAACUACUCACUUGUGUCUUUUUCUCAAUGCAAACUCUACGGAAAAAAAGUAGCCCAUGCAAAUGUUCCAAAACAUUACUUUAAGGAAAAGGAAGAUAAUGUUGAAGUAGCUCUAAAUGCUAAGUUAUUUAUGAAGAAAGAAACAAAAAUCGGAAUUGCAUCACUUGCUGAAAAUAAUUGGCAUGUAUCAGUAGAAGAAACACUAGAAGAAAUACUCGGUGAAGAUUUAAUUUACUUUUCAGGCAAAGGGAAAGAACAAGACUCACGUUCAGGAAUUGGUCAUGAACUCGGUGCACCUAGUUUUUAAAGGGUUAUUCCGUAGAGUAUUAUCAUUUUCUUGUUGUUCUAGUUAAGUAUUUUAUAUCAGAAGAUCUAUUUUAACCUCAUCUUUAUUUACAUACUAUUGAAGAUUUUUAAUUUUUUCCAGACUCAAUUUUUAGAAAUGCAUACUUUACAAAUGUUUUAACGAGCGUAAAUAUUUAAAGGAAGACCCGGAAAAAAAUGAGGAAAAUAAUUUGAGAAUGUCUAUAUCAUCACCCGGUUCAUAAAAUCUCAUUUAUUGCACAAGAUAUGACUGAUUCACGAGCUUUUGGUUACAUUUUUGGAUCUCCGGACACUGGUCAUCGAUUUUUUGGUAUAAAGACUGAUAAAGCUGCAAACCAGGUUGUGAUUGCUAUGCGGGACCUUUUUCAAGUCGUCUUUGAAUUAAAAAAGAAAGAAAUUGAAAUGGCAAAGCAGCAUAUAGAACAAAAUGUUGUUAAAUUUCAUACAAGUGGUAUUUUUGUGGAACCUGCGCCAGAUACGAAGGGCGCAGCUGAAACUGAAAAUUGUCAUCAACGCCAACGAUCAUUAAGUAUCGACAUUGAUAAAUCAGUUCAUAAGAAUUUAGAUACCAGAAACGGCGUGAUAGCUGAUCUUCUUGAUUUACAAUUCGAAUUAAACUCCCUACAACAGGGAAUUCAUCAAAUGGAUAAAAUUACACCAGAAAAUUGUCCAUUACCUUCCGAAGAUCCGUUUGAAGCUGAUCCUUUUGGUGACUCAUUUAUUAAUAUCAAGAUGAAAGAUUCCAUCCGACCAAUAUUACCUCCUCCCCCACCGUCAGUAAAACGUGGAAUUGCUGAGCGCCAGCAGCAUACUGAACAAAUUUCAUCUCCAACAAUUACAAGCCCAACAGCUGCAAUGCCCAGUUCAGUUACUCUUCCAUCUGGAUCAUUGUCAAGUAAUGAUGUUGAUAAACAAUUCACUGACUUUGAGGUCACUAAAAUAUCGAAUUCUAACGCAACGAGCAAUGACCUAAAAGAUGAAGAAAUUCCUUCGUCUUCAUUCAGUCUUCAAAACAACAGUCCUCAAAUUGAUGUUUUCACGGAAUUAGACCCUUUAGGAACUGGUUUGAGCAAACCAUACGUAGAUAAGAAAGAUUUUUUCCAAAACUUAAAGAACCCUCCAAAAAAAAUACUGAAAGAUUUAGUUGAAUCUAGUUUGAAUGAUAUAUUUCCUACUUCAUUUCAUCUUUCCAUCAAUUCUCUUGAUCCAAAAUACUCAAAUAAUGAUAAACAACACAAUUUGAUUGAAUGUAACAAUUUCGCUGAUUUCGAACAUUUUGAAGCAUUAGAUGAAUUGUCUUCAAAAGAAUUUUCACUGCUAGAAGAAAAAUCAAUCGUUCAAAAUCAAAACUUAUCAGAAAAAUUAUCACAGGAGGAAUGCACAAAUACUAAAUUAUUAACAAACACAGAUUAUAAAAAAUCAGAAACUGAAAUAUAUCAAUCGUCAAAGAAUGUAGUUCAAUCAUUGAAUGAAAAUGAAUGUAAUUCUACUGAAAAGCAAGAUUUCGACAUAGAUGUUCCUGUCACAAGCAAAGUUGACAGGAAAUCUUUUUCUAGAGAACUCUCAAAUAUUAACGAUUCGCCAGCAUCUCCAUUACGAUCUUGCUCUUCAGAAGCUAAUUCCCGAUUAUCAAGCUCUAGUGCUGAACUGGAAUGUAUUCCAGAACCGCCUCCACGUAAUGGCAAGUGUCUCUUUAUAAAUCCACCACCUCUUCCACCAAAAAAACAACCUGAUAAAAUUAAUUCUCAACCACCACCAAUACCACUACACAUUGAAAAUCGCUUACAAUAUGAUAUUAUUAAAUGUGAGAAAGCCGAGACAUCAGAAAAAAAAGUUGGGCUCGAAAAUAUGAAAUUAGAAAAGGAUCAUCAAUAUGAUGAUAAAGUUUAUCCAUCUCUAUUAAGAGCUCGAGAGUUACAAGAAACAAGAAACACAGAUUUAUUUUUUUCAUCAAAAUUACAACAGUCAAUUAAAUCUAUCACACCUUUAAAUUUAUCGACGAUUUUGCAAAAUUCAAAUAUAAAUGUUGAUGAAUGUACAACAAAAUCAGCGUUAAAUUCGACAUUAUCGGAAUUAGCAUCUGCAAAUCUUACUGAAUUGGCUGCAAGUUUAAAUAUGACUGUUCCAGAAUUGACUAAUUUAACUUUGCAGCAAUUAACAAAAUGUUUAGCCAAUUAUUCAUUAAAAGAAAUACAUCCACGUUCAUAUGAAGAAAUUACAAUCGUUCCUCCAUCCUCAAGUGAAAACAAUAAAUUGAAGCAUGAAGAAAAAAAAAUUUCAGGUGAAUCUAAAUCACACGGAUUUUCCUUACAUGACAAGUAUGCAGUGAUUCGAGAAAUACUAGAAAAUGAUCAAUCACAAAGUGAAAAUAAUCGAGGUCUAGGAAAACAAGUCAACGAUUUCAAAAGUAAACAACUAAAUUCUUACAAAAAUGAAAAUAGAGAUCAUGAAUCUAAGUCAACAUUAAAUACUGGAGUAAAUGAUGAAUCGUUUUUUUAUCGGACUCCUAAUAAUAGUAAUGAACAAAUAAAUGGAAAAUCAUUCUCAAUGAAAGAAAAAAAUCAUGAAGAUAAAAUUAACGUUGAUGUUUUAAAUAACGAGAAUCAAUAUACAAAGCCAGAAGUGGAAGAAAAUAUCUACAAGUACAUUAAUAAUCUGAAAUGUGAAGAGCAUAUACAAGAACAAAGUCAAUCAUUCAUUUCCGAUCAUAAAGAAAACAAAAAUGAACUCAUUAACGAAAUAGAACGAGCUUGUCCCCUAAUCAUUUCGAAUGAUAAAUAUGCAGCUUUGAGAGAAAUUAUAAGUCAGGUUGAAUCGAUAAACACAGAAUUCGAUCAAAAGUCAGAUACGUGUUUAAAAAUUUUAGAUGAGUCGACAACUAUGAAUGCAGAUGAAGAUCUUAUGAAUCUAUUUUCAGCACCACAAUCUCCAUCAUUAAGUGUAACAAAAGUUAGUGAAAAACCCUCGGGUUCGACUAAAAAUGUCGUUACUAGAUGCCAAGUUUUUGAAAAAUCUGAUGAAGGAUUAAUUUUGAAAACUGUAGAAUCUCACAACGUGGGCUUUGAUGAUGUUUUUCAUCCAUUUCCUGAAUCAAGACAAGCAAUUGAUAAAUCUGAAAAUGAUGAAAAUUGGGCAAAGUUUGAUAUAAAUGCUUGUCAGUCGGAAAAAUUAUAUGAUAGUCACAAUUCGUUAGAAGGAAACUCUCCUUGGUCUCCUGAGGAAAGAGAAUUUCAAAAACUACCUAGAAUGAUAACUCCCAGACAUUAUACUGAAAGUGAUAAUGAAUGGAAGGAAGAUGAAGAGAAUGAAGAAAGCAAUGAAAAAUUUAGAAGCGACCGAUUUUAUACUGGAAAGAAACCAAUGCUGGAUGCUGGUUGUGAAAAUAUUAUGUGCUAUGAAGAUGCAGUUGGAAUGAUUGAAAAAGAAAGAUACUUUAGAGGGAGGAUGAAUAAAAAAUCGCAUGAGGGACUUUGGACGAAGUGUGGUCAUAGGGUAAAAUCAGAGUCGAUGCCGUGGUAUGAUGAAGGUAAAUGGGAAGAAGAUCAUAGAAAAUGUGCGUCACGAAAAAUAUUUUUUGAAGACGAUAAUCAUCGAAUAUCUCAUUGGAAAUGCUGCAAUAGUCAAGGUUUGCCUUGGAAUGGAGAAAGAUCCUCAUAUCCAGGGAAAGAUCAUAUUUUAUAUGAUAAAAAUCGUAGAGAUCGGCGUAUCAAACUCUGGAAGGAAGAUGACCGAGAUCGAGAUAGAUUUAGUAGUCAGGAAAGCAUGGAUUAUGAUGAAGAGGAGAGGUGGCCAAGACAUGAAUUCGAGAGAAAAAGAAGAGAAGAAGAUAGCAGAUUUUGGGAACGGUAUGGUGCACCACCAGAAAGUGAUUACUCGACAUUACAUCGAAAAUAUAAUCAUCAUUAUUUUAGAGAUGGUAGAGAUCAUUUACAACUCGAUUAUUCCUUAGGCUGGGAGAAAGAAUAUCAUGAUCGCAUCGAGAACUCUCGUCGACAUACAAUGCGCAAGCGAUGUUGGCCAAAAAGACCUAACAGUGCAAAUGAUGAUCGUAAUACUGAUUUGCUAUACCAAGAAUCUAACAUUUCAUAUGGUAUUUCCAGAUCUGAGUGUAGUGACAAUGAUUCAGAGUGCUAUCGAUUGUCUUGUCGACCUAGAAGUAGAGAACAGAGUUGGAGUAACGAUCAAGAGCUCGAUAGUUGGAAUGUUAGGACUUAUCCGUCAGAAGGACCAAGUAUGAUGAAUAGUACAAAUUAUUGCAAAAAAACUAAUAGAUAUAAACCUCCUCCUAAAAAUGUAAUUAAAUCUAGGAAAUCACCAUUUGAAGAUGAUUUUAUUCAAAAUAUUGACUACACUCGGUCAUCGGUCCUCUUUAUUGAUAGAGAUAGCAAUAUUGACCUUAAUGUUUUGGAUGCAAAUAAAAUUAGUGAUUUAAAAAGUAAAGGUGAAAAAUUAAAAAAAAAUAAAGUAUAUGAACAACCUUCUGAAUUUAAUGAUGAUUCGAUAGAUAUGACAGGAUCUGAUGAAAUUAUAGAAAAAAAUCUUAAUCCUGAUUCAAAUUUUACUCUUACAGAAAAUUGCUAUGAUGUUAAGGAUUCUUUUGUUGCUAUUAAUCGUCCUAAUGAGAGCAGUAUUCACGAUACUUUUUCUAAUGGAAGCUCCAAAAAUUCUGAAAAUGCGAGCGCAUUAAAAUCGAUAAUAACUGAGGAUCUAUUUGAUACUUCCGGUGAAUCUACUUCGGCUUUUUCAAAGCAGCAGAAAUACGGGAAUAAUAAAACGAAAGAAGUUUUUGACAUUAAAAAGUCUGAAUCAAUUAAUAUAUUUGUUAGAGAAAACGACCCAUUUGAUGAUGAUGAAUUUUUUAAUUAAUGUAUGCUUAAAAAUAAUACGAUGUCGAAUUUGUUUCAAAAAAAUGAAAAAAAAAAAAAAAAAAAAAAAUAACGUAUUACAUCGAUUUGUAAAAUAUAGUAGUUCUAAUAUUUAUGGAAUGUAUAGUUGUUUUUAAAGUUAUUUAUUUCAAAUAAUAUUAAAUUGUAACUAAUAAAAAUUUUUAAAAACUUGA